AUGAGCACAGACGCAGAACAACAGCUUCUCCAUCAUGCCAGAAACGGCAAUGCUGAAGAAGUAAGACAGCUGUUAGAAACCAUGGAAAGGAAUGAAGUAAUUGCUGACAUUAACUGCAAAGGAAGAAGUAAGUCUAAUUUGGGCUGGACACCUCUUCACCUGGCAUGCUACUUUGGACAUAGACAGGUGGUCCAGGAUCUGUUAAAGGCUGGUGCAGAAGUAAAUGUAUUGAAUGACAUGGGAGACACGCCGCUUCAUCGGGCUGCCUUUACAGGACGAAAGGAGUUGGUAAUGCUUCUUUUAGAGUACAACGCUGAUACUACUACUGUUAAUGGGAAUGGCCAGACAGCAAAGGAGGUCACUCAUGACAAAGAAAUCAGAAACAUGCUUGAAGCUGUAGAAAGAACUCAACAAAGAAAGCUUGAAGAAUUACUUUUAGCAGCAGCAAGAGAAGGCAGAACAGCAGAACUUGCAGCUCUGCUCAACCGGCCAAAUCCUCCUGAUGUUAACUGUUCGGAUCAGUUAGGCAACACACCCUUGCAUUGUGCCGCUUACCGGGCUCAUAAACAAUGUGCAUUAAAGCUUCUAAAAAGUGGAGCAGACCCGAAUCUGAAGAACAAAAAUGAUCAGAAGCCUCUUGAUCUUGCCCAGAGUGCUGAAAUGAAACAUGUUCUUGUUGGUAAUAAGAUCGUAUACAAAGCUUUGAAACGAUAUGAAGGUCCUCUUUGGAAGAGUUCAAGGUUUUUUGGCUGGAGGUUAUUCUGGGUAGUGUUAGAACAUGGAGUCCUCUCAUGGUAUAGGAAGCAGCCCGAUGCAGUCCAUAAUACUUAUCGCCAAGGAUGCAAACACCUAACUCAAGCGGUGUGCACGGUAAAAUCCACUGAUAGCUGCCUCUUCUUUAUUAAAUGCUUCGAUGACACUGUUCAUAGCUUCAGGGUUCCCAAGAACAGCCUUCAGCAGACAAGAGAGGACUGGUUGGAAGCAAUAGAAGAGCAUUCUGCUUACAGCACGCACUACUGUUCCCAAGACCAAAUGACUGAUGACGAAGAGGAUGAUGCAGUUUCUGCUGUAGACUUGAAGGAAUCCUUAGAGAAAGCACAGAUAUGCCAACAGAGACUAGAUAGAGAAAUUUCCAACUUUCUCAAGAUGAUCAAGGAGUGUGACAUGGCUCAAGAAGUGCUUCCAUCGUUUCUUCAGAAAGUUGAAGUUGUCGCCGAAGCUUCUAGAGAAACUUAUGGAGCUUUGAGUGACUGCCUUCAUCUCUUCACUAAACAAGAAGGGGUGAGGAAUUUUAAAUUGGAACAGGAACAAGAAAAAAACAAAAUUUUAUCAGAAGCGCUGGCGACUCUAGCCACUGAACAUCACGAAUUAGAGCAGUCUCUGGUUAAAGGUUCCCCGCCUCUGAGCAUCUUUAGUGAGGACGAGUUCUAUGAUGCUCUGUCAGAUUCCGAGUCCGAAGGGUCCCUGAGCAGACUGGAAGCAGUGACGGCACACUCCUUUGACGAGGAAGCAGAACCCCCGAGCAGCAGACAGCACAGAAUGUCCGAGGGCAAGGACUGUGGUGGUGGAGACGCGCUCUCCAAUGGCAUCAAAAAACACAGAACAAGCCUGCCCUCCCCUAUGUUUUCCAGAAAUGACUUCAGUAUCUGGAGCAUCCUCAGAAAAUGUAUUGGAAUGGAACUCUCCAAGAUCACCAUGCCAGUUAUAUUUAACGAGCCUUUGAGCUUCCUCCAGCGACUCACUGAGUAUAUGGAGCAUACAUACCUCAUCCACAAGGCCAGUUCGUUUGCUGAUCCUGUGGAAAGGAUGCAGUGUGUAGCUGCAUUUGCUGUCUCCGCUGUUGCUUCUCAGUGGGAACGCACUGGCAAGCCUUUCAACCCACUUCUGGGAGAGACUUAUGAAUUAGUGCGAGAUGACCUUGGCUUCAGACUCAUCUCUGAGCAGGUCAGCCAUCACCCACCCAUUAGUGCAUUUCAUGCUGAAGGAUUAAACAAUGAUUUCAUCUUUCAUGGCUCAAUCUAUCCCAAACUGAAGUUCUGGGGGAAGAGCGUAGAAGCAGAGCCCAAAGGAACCAUCACGUUGGAGCUUCUUGAACACAAUGAAGCGUAUACGUGGACGAAUCCUACCUGCUGUGUGCACAACAUCAUCGUGGGAAAGCUCUGGAUUGAGCAAUACGGGAACGUGGAGAUCACAAACCACAAGACUGGGGACAAAUGUGUGUUGAAUUUUAAGCCGUGCGGCCUUUUUGGUAAAGAAUUACACAAAGUUGAAGGCUACAUUCAAGAUAAAAGCAAAAAGAAGCUCUGUGCUCUCUACGGGAAAUGGACAGAAUGUUUGUACAGUGUUGACCCAGCCACAUUUGAUGCUUACAAAAAAAAUGAUAAGAAAAAUACUGAAGAGAAGAAGAAUAGCAAACAGGUGAGCGCUUCUGAGGAGUCAGAUGAAAUGCCAAUGCCGGAUUCCGAGAGCGUGUUUGUCAUCCCCGGGAGCAUUCUCCUGUGGCGAAUAGCCCCUCGGCCUCCAAACUCAGCCCAGAUGUACAAUUUUACUAGCUUUGCAAUGGUUUUGAAUGAAGUAGACAAGGAGAUGGAGAGCGUGAUCCCUAAGACAGACUGCAGGCUGCGGCCUGACAUCAGAGCCAUGGAGAACGGGGAAAUAGAUCAAGCUAGUGAAGAAAAAAAGCGACUCGAGGAGAAACAGCGAGCAGCCCGCAAGAACAGGUCCAAGUCGGAGGAGGACUGGAAGACGAGGUGGUUCCAUCAAGGCCCUAAUCCCUACAGCGGAGCCCAGGACUGGCUUUAUUCAGGCAGCUACUGGGACAGAAACUACUUCAAUUUGCCUGACAUUUAUUAA